AUGCCACAUUUCACCAAAUAUCUCUUGUGUUUACACGCGAACAAGAAACUUGGGACAAAGCAGUACAGCGCUGAGGCAAUUGAUGGGCCGGAUUCCAGGUCUGAUAUUUUGCCAAGCCACACGUGUCAAACCAACUACAAGAACUUAGAAAGUCCGCUGCCGACUAUUACAGCCGCCGCUAACCCGCUAGUGUGUCGUGGCAGAGAUGCAUCGAACUACCGUUAUGGCACUAGAAUAGAUGAUAUACCGAAAACUGGACAGCUGCCAGACUUCUUACAGGAGUUGUUCAGGCAGCUACGUGAACGCGGUGGCGCCGUUGAGAAAGUGUUCGUGAAGGAGAUGACUCGCAUUUCGCAUAUGCGCUACGAGCGGCUAAAGCGCAAGCUCCGCUCUGGAAAAGUGACACCUUUAAGCUCCUACAAGCCGCACAUCCUCGCCGCACUGCUAGCUAACUGGACAAAGCAUCAGCCUGAGGCAAUGAUGGGCCGGAUUCAGGUCUGGUCAGAUGUAGUGGAUAAGCUAAACGCCUGGCAUCAGGCCGGUUGCUACGACGAUGUUGAGACAUUUGAUGCCCUCAUCAUGGCGAUAAAAAGCGUCAUAUCCGGGUUCCCCGCUGUAAUGCAAGCCUUCCUAAAGAGCUUCAUCGGUCUGCUUCACACCGUGGGAGUGAAGAACACAAAGCGUACCUUACUCGACGAGCAGCAGCUUGCAGGUUGCCUGGGACCAGUUCUCUGGAAUGCCAAGCAAAUCAAUAAGGAAGCUGCUAAGCAGGCGAAGAAGAAAAUCAAGAAAAAGGAAAGCAGACACAAAUAUAUGAUAGAUGAGGAACAGUGGGCAGCCGCAGAACGACGCGUGCAGAUAUUGGAGGUGGCGAUCCAGUAUGCAGACCGCAUCUUUGACUUGGAGAGCAACUGUGAGCUCGUAGAUAAUACUGAUAUAAUACCCACCUGGCUGCGCAUAGACUCCAAAAUCCAGCUAAAGUUAGGAAAGCCUCUAAAGGCCACGAAUAAGUUACUAGAUGUCACCGGUCUGCCUCCACACUCCAAUGCACCUGCACGCAAGCGCAUAUCCUUGCUUGCCAGAGGCCGGAGAAAGGUCGUCGCACCGACCUCUGUACCGAGGGAACACAUGGAAGUCAGCAAUGAAGUCCUUCCCCCCAAUAAAGGAAAUAUGACUGUCCAGGAUUUGGAAGAGGCAGGCAAAGUGGCAGCAGACGUCCCUGGCUCUGUGCAAAACUUGGUAGUGACAGCAGACGUCCCUGGCUCUGUGCAAAACUUGGUAGUGGCAGCAGACGUCCCUGGCUCUGUGCAAAACUUGGUAGUGGCAGCAGACGUACCUGUCCCUGUGCAGGAGCAGUCGGCCCCUGAAGAAACGCCAUGUGAAAGUACGGUGACGCCAGCUGCCGAGGAAAAGAAAGGCAAGAAAGCAUCUAGGCUGCGGAACUUAAAAUGCAUGUUCACUUGUUUUGGAAGAUUGGUUACCGUGGAAUGCUGUCACUGAAAACCUUCUACGAUAAACUCCCCAGUAGAUGCUUGUUUCGUUUAUACUAGGAGCGGGAGGUGGGUGGUUAACAAAAUUGGUGCGUAUGGUUGCCUGCGUUAUAUGGGUAGGGGAAGAAAACGUAAUAAAAAUGGAAAGUGCAAACGAGGUGAGAACGAAACUGAAAAUGCGUGGACGAGUGUACACGAAAAAUGAAGAACAAAGUUCAGAUUAAAUUUUUUUCAUUAGGCACUCCACAGCUUCUUCAAAAUGGCAGGAUCGAGGCAGCAUGGCGAGAAUUACUGGUAGGCCUGCCGACUGCAAUUCUCUAACCUAGCUAGAUUCAGUGAUUUUUGGAGGUAGAUUGUUCCACGGAUUGUUGGCAUCCUUCUGUCUCGGGAG